CACACACACAAUUUGUCUAGCUCCCUCUCAUACUCCCCCCCCUCCCUCUGCAGCACGCAUACCCAGCGCUUGCGGCAGGUCGAAUCUAUUGCCCCGAUUUCCUGUCACAUGAUUGGAAAUCGGAUCCCUCGGUCGUACUAUCUGUGUCCCGUGUUGACGGUGCGGUGCGGCGGAGGGACCUGCCUUCAACUUCAGCCCACUCUUAACGCGCUGGCGGAGCGGCGCCUCCUCACAAACUCAAGGAUCACUCCCCCCGCAUCAGUUCAGUUCACCUGAGACGACUCUCCGCGCGCCGACCCGACUCCCGCCGCCCGCCGCCUCCAGCGAUGGACUCGUUGACAGCCACCGCCGCCGUUCUUCUCGCCGGGCUGAUUUCCGCGGCAGCUUUGAAACACUUCGACACCGAGUGUUAUACUGCUAAUGGAGAGGACUACCGGGGUUUCCAGAACCAGACCAGUUUACAUGGGGGCAAACCCUGCCUUUACUGGAACGAGACCUUCCAGCACCCCUACAACACCCUCAAGUACCCCAACGGAGAGGGGGGCUUGGGCAGCCACAACUACUGCAGGAACCCGGAUGGGGAUGUGCAGCCGUGGUGCUACAUUGCUGAUCACGAAGACGGGAUCUACUGGAAGUACUGCGACAUUCCCACCUGCCAGAUGCCUGGCAACCUGGGCUGCUUUAAAGACAGCGGCGACCCACCCACACUGACAGGGACCAGCGAGACAUCAAACAAGCUCACAAUCCAGAACUGCAUCAGCUUUUGCAGGAAGCAGAGGUACAAGCUGGCCGGGAUGGAGUCGGGCUAUGCGUGUUUCUGUGGCAAUGAACUGGACACGCACGAGCACGGCGAGGCGCCCAGCAUGGAGUGCAACCACGUGUGCUUCGGUGACCACACCCAGCCCUGCGGCGGAGACGGAUGGGUCAUCAUCUUCGAUACCCGAGUGGGGGCCUGCGGGGGAAACUACACAUCUCCAUCGGGGGUGAUCUACUCCCCUGAAUUCCCUGACAAAUACGGGUCCGGCCGUGUGUGCUACUGGACCAUCCAGGUGCCUGGCUCCUCUGCCAUCCUCUUCAACUUCACCUUCUUCGACAUCUCCGACCAGACGGACAUGGUGGAGCUGCUGGACGGCUACACCAACCAGGUGGUUGUGCGCUUUGACGGGCGUAGCCCACCGCGGGAGCUGGUCAACAUCACAGGAGACUUCGUCAUUCUGUACUUCUACUCGGACCGCACCAACCAGGCCCAGGGAUUCGCCAUGCUCUACCAAGCAUUUAGAGCUCCAGACACCAGAACCACCGAGGAGGAAGACGAGGAGGAGGAUAAGGGUGUGGAGGUCACCAGCACAGCAGGGCCCCGGGUGGCUGGCGGUGUCACCGAGAGAUCCAACGGCACCUCCAACGGGCGCUCCUCCCAGAUCCUCUAUGUGAUCACGUCCAGCCCCGGUAAACCGGAGCACAACAUGCCAGGUCAGUGGGCUGGACGCAGCAAGACCACCGGCCGCGGCACUAUGUGGACCAUCUAUGCUCUGUCAGCCCUCCUCACGCUUACGGUCAUAGCCAUGGCUGCCAAGCUGCUGCUGCACAUCACUGUUAAAUCUCCCAGCAUACCGACGGUCAGCGGCUCCGACAGCUGCAGCCAGAGCACGGCGUCCUCCGAGCCCUGGAUCAUCCUUUAUAGGCCUUCCACCAUCUCCCUCUUCAAGAAGAAGCUCAAGAACCACCACGGAGACCUCAGCCCUCUGGUGGGCAACUAGGGCUACCACGCCCAAACGCAAUCACCACUACCACCACCAACCCCAGCGCUACCCUGCUCCAGGGCCGUCAGAUGCCAGACCCUCAGACAAUGAAACUCUUUGGGGCGCUAAGCUAACAAGCUAAUGACUGACUGAGUGACUGCUACUAAAAAGGGCCCCCUGGGCCGAUACAUGGCCGGACCCUCCCUGCAGCUCAGCACUAUAGGAGAGGUGACAGGCAGGGCCGUCAGCAUUUGUGGCAUAUUAGAGGAGAGGGAUGUUGGGGGGAGGGUAAGAGGGUAGGAAAAUUGACAGCUCUGAGGAAGACGUGAGGACACUUUAAUGUGCAUGGGGGCUUCACUUGGACCCUGAAGUUUGCCCUUCGUCACUGACGAAGGGUGAACUUGAACAAAUAGUGGAAUGAAUAGUGGAGUCUACUGCUAAAGGAAAAUCGAAGGGAAAAGCACUUGCAUCUACAAGAGACCACUUUCCAGAGAACAAGCUCCCCGCUGCCGAGUGCUUCACAGCUGGGUACGCCAAACGGCCAACCACGGCGUCUCCAGCAGGGGCAGUAAACCGGGGGUCGUGUGACUCUUCCAGGGGCACAAGAGAUAAACUGGUGACCAAUCCUCAUCACUAUUUAGAAGAGGGGGAAGAAGACGAUUGGAGUCUUUGACAGACACAUACAAGUCACACGUACCACAUACACUCACUCGCACGUGCGCACACACACACACACACACACACACACACACAUUGUAACACUUAACAGUAAGCAACUUUUAUAAACUGCCUCAUACUGACGAUCAGCACUCUUGCAGCCUAAUCCAGAACCCUCCCAUCCAAAGAGCGGUCUGCUUCGUUCACUUUGCAGACCAGCUUUUGGUCCGGUGCACAGAGUGGUUCUUGCUUCUCCUAACAGUGUCCUAAUGUAAAAUCGAUCCAACCGUCUAAAGGGAAGAAAAAUGGGGCAUGAAUAAGUCAGAGAUGACUUUAUCACGGUACACUGAGAAUGAAUCACCGUCUCUGAAGAAAGACAUCAGCGAGGGAAAGACUGAGGCACACCCUCCGACACUCAGCUGCUGGUGUGUGGUUAGGCGGAGUACAGGAGCAGCAUGGGCACGCUGAGGGGAAGGGGCUGGUUAGUGCCGUUUGUAGAUAACUGCCAUUUAG